AUGGAACGCAAGCGGGACAAGGCUUUUGACCGGGUCUGGACCGCCGACAGCUUGGCGAAGCAGAUGCCUAAGACUUCAGUGGACAAGUCUUUCAGCAAAACCUUGGGUGCCAGCACCUUGCGCGCAGAGAUGCCCACUGAACCUGUAAGAGAGCAGGCCCCUGACCCUAACGUUGCGCAGGCAGCCAGAUCUGCAGGCUUAACUCAUCUGCACGUGGGAGACAUCGUGUUCUACUGUGGAAGUUGGGCAGGUGACAGCAAGGUACCGAAAGCAGUACAGUAUUACGGGAGGUCUGCUCGCGUGUUGCAAGUAUUCAAGGACGAGGAGUUGAAGCUCCAAUUUUCAGACGGGAAAAUCUACUGCACGAAGAAUUGGUCAAGGCGAGAGCCGACAUUGCCUGGCAAGUUCCGAAGGCACCAGUGGGUCUACUACGUUGGCAACGGUUGCUUUAAGCAUGCUGGGGAUUCUUGCUUGUUCGGGCAUCGUUUUGAGAUUCUGGGACGAGCGGCUUCCAACGGCGACGAGAUUGCUUUGAAGCUGGAGUCUGGCGACGGAUACUUCGCUCGCCACACAAGCCUAAGUACGCAGGAGCCUCGCCACUGCAGCGGCUUUUUCCUUCACCAGAAGGUCUAUUAUGUUGGAUCUGCAAUUGCAAAGCAUCACUCUCCACCUACGUCUUACUACGGACAAGCAGCAGUGAUCACCAGCUUCACACCUCACGCCAAGUACGUGUGGCUCCGGCUUGAUGAUGACUACCCAGUGAAGACGAGCAGCUUUGUGGUUUCCGUGCCAAGGGUCUGUGGAGAUCGCUUUUGCAUUGGCGAUGAAGUCUACUAUGCUGGCUCAAACGAAGUCCUCUUUGGCAGACGGGCCACCAUCAAAGCCGUUCUGCCAGACACGUCCGAUGGGCUGCUAGUUCAAUUUCGUGAUGGAACUACCAAAGCAACCACGGAGGCCAAGCUCAGCCUUGAGCGGCCCAGGGAGCAACCUGCUCAAGCAAGGCGCCGCUCUCUCCUCACGGUCUUCUCCGACACGAAUUUCAGACUGUUUGCGCCGCCGGCUCGAAACGUUCAUUUUCGGCAUGACAUUUCCAUGCACGUCUUCACUGUGGACAAUGAGAGGGAUCGUCUUCCAGUUCAAGAGAUAUUUUAUUCCCAAGAUUCAAUCAAAAACAAAUUCCAAGAUGGCCGAUCCUUGGGCCAGAUGGAACGGGAACUGCGUGUCGGUGUCAAGCACUUAUCAGACAUUCCUCGCAUUACAGUGGUAAGGCAUGAAGGACGAUGGUUUUCAGUCGACAAUCGACGUCUGUGGGUGUUCAAGCGUGUCUUUGGCCAGCAGCAAUCAGUACCGGUCUGCCGCGGAGCACAGGACCACCGGUUCUGGAGCAAGUUCACCACCAAGAAUCGGGGAGUGGAUGUGCGUGUGAGGUGA